AUGAAUCUUCCAGUAAAGCCAAUCGAUAGCUGGUUAAAAGGAAUCCGUCGUCGUCUUCUGGUGGAACUGACCUUUCAAUCUCUUCACCCAAUCCUUUCACUCGAACUAUUUCAGACCCUGGAGCCCUUUGGAAGGGAGGCGCUGCUUUUUGGCGGCAUGACAAACCCAAAUAUUGCAAAGCGGUCAGUGGAUGCUAGUUUAAGAAGGAGAACUCAUCACCAUGGCUUGACCAUGUCCGAUCCUCGAUCAUGCGAAAAACCGGCGCAACUUUUUCGAGGAUAUACAGACCAAGAUGGUGUGGCCCCGGUAUGGCCGCAGUCUCCUUUCAGUUUACACAAGUGGCUUGACCUCAUUUCCGCAACUCGGUCUUGUUGUCAGGGCGACUUAUUUGAACUCACCUUGUCUGAACUUCUCUGCCAUAGUGGUUUGCAUAAUUCCCGGCAUCAGACCGAGCAAUGGGUACCCACUUCGACUUCGCCUAACUCGUCUCAUCAGCACCCCAAACGGGACUCGAACCCGGUUCUCCUGGCGCAGCCUACAAGCUCGACACGUUACUCACUACACCAGACUGCCAUGAAUAUCCUUGACUCCGAGAGCAGAUGUGAAUUUCAAGGAAGAGUAGGCCUUUUUCCAUAUCGCAUUCUAUGCGAGGAUUGUUGGUGA